AUGCAGAGCAGGGAGUGCUUCAAGACAGGCCUGGCUCAGCCAAAGGCGCUCCAAGCCGCUCUAAGGGCGGUGCGGCAGCUGAGGAGUUAUUGUGUGAGGCGCAACGACCCUUUGAGCUUCCUGUGGGGCCGCACCCGCCAAAGGACCCCCACACAGACGGUGGACAUUGCACCAAGCGCCGACGCAUCCGUGCAGAUAACCGCCGGGCCGAUGGGGCCGGCAGCCGCCUGCGAAGGAAAUGGCAACGCCUCGCCAGACAAGCUCCUUGCACUGCUGACGGCAGCCGGCCUGGCCAAUGGCGGCGGCAGCCCGGGGUCCCCCCUCACGACCGGGGGGCGCCCACAGCUGUGGCAGCCGCCCUCCGCCGCCAAGGGGUCCCACCAGCCGCCAAGAAAGAGCGCGCGCCACGUCCAGCGGCGGCUGAUCAAUGCGUAGGAGUGAUAAUUCGCGCAUCUGAUCCUCCGAGGAUGACUCCAAACACUGGUUUGGCACUGCUUCACAGCGUUCUUGCGCCGAAAGAGGGAAAGAGAUCCUGCCUUCAUCAUCAUGGCAGGAUCGUUGUAGGGAGAUGGAAGGGGGCAAGCAUGCACAUGUGCAAAGUAUACAGAACAUGUUUUUGUCUGGGUUUGCUUUGAGUUUCGCUUUUCAGAUCGAUUCAGUCCGUCCUGCUCAUGAGCUUUACAUUUCUAAGUCCUUGUUCUGUGGCAAGAUUGGUUCGCGAGCCGUAUCAGAGGGCACAUGCGCCCAGAUCUGCUUGGCAUGGAUAUCCCUCCGCAGCCGUCUUGCUGCCCUGGAAAUUCCAACUGUGGUUGCUCUUCCAGCCUGGGUCAAUGACUUAGCUGUGGGAAACUACAUCUGGUGUUGUUUUGUUCAGCAAAUGCUGCGUCAAGUCGAUAGCACCUCACUUGAUCUCCAUAGAUGAACCCCAACGAAUUCUUACCGAUCUGCUUGCCAAAAUGUGGCAACAUGGGCUUUUGGGGGCACCAUUUAACUGGGUCUUGACAUCAUGUGAGAACAGACGUCUAUAUAUUUUUGGGUCUAUUGCACAUGGAACAAAACGAUUUUGUGGGCUGAAUUUCCUUGUGAAGGGUGACUUGGCCCACAUAUACUAGUACUGUCAAAUGGGAUUGCACAUACAGCAGGGCAAUGCUUCCACCAGCUGGGAACUCUAUGUAUAAUAUUCAAUACGGUCAUGUCGAUAUUGUCACAAAAAGGGAAUCUCCCGUAGACAGGGGAUAUAUUGUACAUGAGGGGUUUUUGCUAAUCAAGGUUCCUGAAACCUGCAGCUGUAAGGUGUAACAGCAUUGGGAG